CUGAUGACUAUUUUCUCUUAUAGAAAACAGUUCAAGAUUUGAAGCAAUACGGUAUAUUUUUUUAAUUGGGAGUUUAAUUGAUUUAUCUUGAGAUAUUUGCAGUUCUUUCAAAAAUAUUUUCAAUUUACGUUAAAAUUGGAUAAGAACUAAAUUUUUAGGAUCAAAAGUUGGGUAAACUAACAAAAUUAAUUUAUCAUGGAUGGGAGUCGCUCGGAAAGCAUUGGAACACCAGUAAUAAGUGAUUCCAGUACAACUAGCCCAGCAAAAAAUAGAAACAUUCAAGAAAACUUCAAACUAACUUUCUACCCAGAUCAAGCCAGUGUGGAAGACAGAGAAAAAAUGCAAAAAAUAUGGAAUCGGAUAGAAUCUGAGUCGAAAUUUGAAAAAAUGGAUGUUGAUGUCUUCACAUCCAACAAAAGAAAAGUGGAUGAGAAGUCCGUCAAAAAUGACUCCAAGAUUGCGAAAGAAGUGGCUGAUAAUUUUAAAGAUGAAGACAAACAAAGCAAUGAAACAGUUACGAACUGUAAGGAAAAAGCUCCAGAAAUAUCGCCUGGUAUUGCCCUUGAACUCCUCAAUCAUUUUAGAGAGUUACACAUAACUGAAGCAUGUGUAAGUAGCUACCAUGAUAAAUAAAUAAUUAGGCUAUUAUACUCGUCUCGUACUAUCUUAACAAUUAUUUUUACUAUCAUACUAUGUAUUGAACUGAAUAUAUUUCAAUUGUAGCAUCUGUUAAAAUAGUAAUACUAUUCAUUUUUCAGUGGAUUUCAUAUUAUAUUAUUGCCGUACCGUCAAACCGGCUAACUUGGGACAGUUUUCAACUUUGACUUAAAAUUCAGUUCCAUUAUCAUUUUAAUAGUUUAUUUCUGCUGUGCUCAAAACUUAGGUCUUUAAUAAUACUUCAAAUAUAUACACUCAAUUUCAUUAUUAUUCUAACCUGUUCUGAAAAAAAAUAUGGUGUCCCAAGUUACCCGCAGAGGUUGGGUAACUUGGGACACCAAUAUGA